UUGGGCAGGCAGCUUACAGCCCACCUACAAAUUGUCCCCCUCUCUCACCCACCAACAUGAUCAGAGACACAAACAGACAAAGGAAGAAGCCGUGCUGUCUGUCCGAGCGUGCAGAGUUGUUCAGCUGCGAACUCAGAGCAAAGCAAACAGCAUCCUCCAACUCCAAAAUAGUCAUCCGAGUUGCAAAGAUCUUUUUCAGCACAAAUCUGAGGACACAGUAAAAAUCUUUGGUAUUUUUAACAGAGUGAUAUUAUGGCGGCAGCAGCACCUGCACGUGAACUCAGGAUAAUGCUGUUUGGAAAAAGUGAGAAGAAGAAAUCAGCCCUGGAAAAGCUCCUCGUUGGGAAGAAAGAGUCUAAAGGUUUUGGAGGAAAGCAAUCUGGUGCUGCCUCUGGAGAGUGGAACAGGAAACCUCCCACAGUUGUAAAAACUCCCGACAUCUUCAGUCUGCCUGUGGAAGCGCUGUUUAAAGUGAUGAAGAGCUGUGUGAGUCUCUGUCCUCCUGGACCAAACGUUCUGCUGCUGUUAGUGAAACCUUCUGACUUCACUGAGAAGAACAGACAAACUCUGAAUUUGGUCUUGAGCUUGUUUGGUCAAGAUGCUUUUAAUCACUCCAUCGUCAUCCGAACACAUAAUGAGGAAGGGAAUAACUCAGUGGAUAAACUCAUUGAAGAAUCCAAACAAAGGCAGCACUUCGUUAAUUUUGACAGAAAAGACUCCUUCUCAGAUUCCUCAGAGUUGAUGGAAGAAAUGAAUGAGAUGGUGAGUAAAAACUGUGGAAAAUAUCUAACGUUAAAAGAAGAGGUUAAACCCAAUCUGAAGUCCAGUCUGAACCUGGUUCUGUGUGGGAGGAGAGGAGCAGGGAAGACGUCAGCAGCCAAGGCCAUUUUAGGUCAGACUGAGCUUCAUUCAGUCUCCAACUCAUCAGAGUGUGUUAAACAUCAGGGAGAGGUGUGUGGACGUUGGGUUUCCCUGGUGGAGCUGCCUGCCCUGUAUGGAAAACCUCAGGAGGCAGUGAUGGAGGAAUCACUCAGGUGUAUCUCCCUCUGUGAUCCUGAGGGUGUCCAUGCCUUCAUCCUGGUCCUACCUGUGGCUCCCCUCACUGGUGAAGACAAGAGAGAGUUAAAGACCAUCCAGGACACAUUCAGCUCUCGAGUCAAUGACUUCACCAUGAUUCUGUUCACUGUGGACUCAGAUCCUACAGAUCCAGCUGUUGUUAACUUUGUAAAGGAAGACAAGAACAUCCAGCAGCUCCAUCAGACCUGUGGAGGAAGAGCUGUUGUUCUCAACAUCAAGGACAAAAAGCAGGUUCCAAAGUUGUUCAAGGUUGUAGAUAAAAUUAGUGAGGCCACGGACAAACCACACAGUUAUACAGCUACAACGUUUUUACAUGCACAAAUGGAAAAUGUUGUACAACUUAAGAAGAACAUGACCACUGGUGGAGAACAGGACUCAGACUGUCUCAGGAUUGUGCUGAUUGGGAAGACCGGCUGUGGAAAGAGCUCUACAGGAAACACCAUUUUAGGAAGAGACGAGUUUACAGCUGCAUCAAGUCAAAUGUCGGUCACAGCAUAUUGUAAGAAGGCAAAGGGUGAGGUGGACGGUCGUCCUGUUGUUGUGGUCGACACUCCAGGUCUGUUUGACACAGCUCUGUCAAAUGAUGAAGUUCAAGAAGAGAUGGUGAAAUGUAUCAGCCAGCUGGCUCCAGGACCACAUGUCUUCUUGGUGGUGAUACAGGUUGGCAGAUUCACAGAAGAGGAGAGAGAAACGACCAGACUCAUCAAGAAAUUCUUUGGGAAGAAUUCAGGAAAGUUCACCAUCAUCCUUUUCACCAGAGGAGACGAUCUGGAGCGUCAGGGAGAGUCUAUUGAUGAUUACAUCAAGAACAAAUGUCAUGAUUACUUUAAGAAGCUGAUCUCUAACUGUGGAGGAAGAUACCAUGUGUUCAAUAACUCUGAGAAACAAAACCGCACACAAGUCAGUAAUCUGAUAAAAAAGAUUGACACCAUGGUGAAGGACAAUGGAGGAAGCUUCUACACCAAUGAGAUGCUGCAAGAGGCUGAAGCAGCAAUAAAGAAGGAGAUGCAGAGGAUCCUGAAGGAGAAGGAAGAAGAGAUGCAGAAGGAAAAGGAAGAGAUUGAAAGAAAACAUAAGCAAGAAAUGAAAGCAAUGAAAAUAAGAAUGGAAGAAGAGAGAGAUAAAAUAGAAAAUGAGAGAAAACGGAAAGCUGAAGAACUCGAGGAAAUGAUGGAUAAAAUUAAGGAAGAACAAGAGAAGAGAAAAAAAGAAGAAGAAAUGAGAGAAGAGGAGGAAAAGAAAAAGGACACUGGAGAAGAAACAUAUCGACAACAAUUCAAAGAAGAACUUGAAAAGUUGGACAGACAAAUUCAGUUGGAAAAAGAGGCAAAGAAAAGUGUCGACAGACAGCUGGAAGAGACCAGAGAAGAGAUGCAACGAAAACAAGAAGCCUGGGAGAAAGAACGAAGAGAAGAGCGAGAGAAACAAAGACAAGAAGAUGAAAAGAGACGACAAGAGGAGGAAGAAAGAAUAGAAAAACUGCUGGAAAGUUACAAACAAGAAAAAAUAAAAUAUGAAAACAACAAAUUACAAGAGGAACAAAUAAGAAGAGAAAUGGAAAUAAUAGAGAACAAUCAUCAGAAAACACUGGAGGACCUAAAGAAGAGCUAUGAAAGAAAAGCCAGACAGAAAGCAGAAGAGUUCAACGAAUCCCAAAAGAAACACAUGGACGAAUUAAAUGCUCAGCGGGAAGAACAUGUGAAGGAAAUGAACGACUUAAUGAAACGUGUGACCAAGAAGAGCGAAAACCUGAGAAAGAUCAAACAUCUAGUGGAAAAACAUGAAAAAGAAAUGAGGAAUGGAAAAACUGAGGAAGACAAGGAAGAACUAGAGGAAGAACAUGAAAAACAAUUAAGUGAAUUGAUGCAAAAAAUCUUAAGUGAUGAGGUCAGUGACGCGUCAGCCUGCAGCAUUUUAUGACGAGAAAUGAAUGAUUACAGUUUUUUUCAGUCAUUUGUUCUGAGAAAAACAUUUAAAGAGGCACUGAUUUGUUGUUCUGCGUGCUUUAAAUGUUUGGGAUUUCCUCACAACAGAAAAUAAUUCUGAUUGGAUGUCGUCUAAUCUGCCUUAAACACGGUGUCGGACUCCAGUCUCACCAUUAAACCACAAGUCACUAUCCCAACAUUAGCAAUGAUUCUGACUGGUUAAACUUUCUCCUCACUUUGAAUAAGUAUUAGUUACUAAAAGACCCACCUGGAACCAGCAUCUCCUGUCUCAGCUCAUUAAUCUGCCACCUGGCAGAGUGGAAGCAAUGGUCAGUGUUUUUCCAGCAAAUAAAUGUUUUUAGCAUAAUUUACUUCAAAAUAGAAACAGAGGAUAAGUUGCAAUGAUGCAGGAAAAACAAAUUAUAGUCAAAUAUGUAAAGAACAGAACAGUUAUCAGGGUGGCUUUGUCAUUCUAAUGUUAUCAUUGUGUGUUUGGUGUGUGUGUUUGUGUGGGCGGGGGUAUUAAAUGUUUGAUCACAAAGAAAGACGACACACAUUUGGUGAUCAGGUACCUUUAUUCUUGUCUUUUUUUGAAGUUAUGAAUCAAAUAAUUUUUCCCGGCCUGAGCUCUGUAAGUACCAGGAUGUUCAUUUAAGUUUGUUAGUUUUGCUCUGUACUGUACUGUAAGUUGAAUCAGUCAUUUGAAUCUUUUCUGAUUUGUUGUUUUCUGUAAUGUUUGGUAAAAAUCUGGAGAGUGUGUGAUAUGAUUUCUUGUAUUUUAUCGGGAAUAGUUCUAUUUUUAUUGUGUUUAUUUGUUUUGGGUUUUUUCAUACAUUUUGUGUAAUCAGUAAUUAUCGAGUUUUAUUAUAAAAUCUCUCAUUUUUUAUUAAAUAGUCAGGUAUAUGACUGUAAAGUUUAGAUAUUAUUUAUGCCUCUGCAAUAUCUAAAUAUAACAACAUUUACUCAAUUAUCAUUGAAAAUAUUCAGAUACGGUAGAUAAAAUUUGACUUUAUUUUGAUAAAUGACAAAUAUAAAUUCUUUGCUUCAUAAUUAGUGACAUAACUAAGAAUAACAGUCGUUUAUGCAUCUGUUGAUUUUCAAAAGAAUAAAUGAGUGUUUCCCUGUGAUUCGUGUGGAUGGUACUUAAAUGAUGAAACAAAGCAUCUUCAUUCAGA